AUUCGGACAGCUCUACCUACGAGGUUCAAGUCGGUUGAUUGGUGACACGAUGUUGACUUCACAACAAAAGUUUUCAUCGAUCGGAUAUUGAAUAUUAAAUAUUGUUUGACGUUUAUUCUUCCAGUUGGACAGUGAAGAGGAAGUUAGAGCUAUUUGAUACAUCUACAUAUGCACAUUAUCAAUCCAUCAAUCUGACCUCUUACUUGGAUGGACGAUAGGACUAAUCAUUACAUAAACUUAGAGAGAUUAUGCUGACGUUAUCAAAAUGCCGGUAUUGAGAAAAAGGGCGCAGGGAGAUAAUAAGGUCAUCAACGGGCUUUACAUUCACUCAAGCCCUCCUAGAGUGCUUCAGCUCAAUUCGGCCUACAUAAAACAACUAAUACAUAACGGAGAUGUGGACAAACUAGAGCAGGCAGUUCUUGAAGGUCAAGGUAGAAAGCUCAUUGGAGAAUACUCGGCGGAUUACAAGACGAGGACUUUUUUGAAAUCGAUACCAACGUUAAUGUCGAAAAUCUCCCUACUCCACGAUGCUGUAAACAGUGGUAGACUAGAAGAACUGAAAACUCUCCUGAAUGAAGAACCUGAAAAAAAGAAAAGAAUGGUCAUGGCCAAAGAUGAAACAGGCGUAGGAUUACUGCACAAGGCGAUAUACUAUGACUUGGAGGAUAUUUACAAAUGGCUGAUCCAAAAAUUUCCUUUCAUGGUUUCUAUGAGAGAUUCGAUUAUAGUGAAAGUAAUAUAA